AUGUGACUGAUGUGGGGACAGCAUUGUUCUCCCCCCACCCUGGCCCUCCUCACAGGUACCAUCACCAUGGGAACGGAGCCAGCCAAUCAGAACACUCAGUAAUGAAAGGAGACCCUUAUUAGUCUCCAGGAUGAAAAGGGAGCAUCUUCUGCCAGAGACGUGCAGGGACAAGAUCUAAAUCUGCAGUCACCCUGCCCAGAACUCCAGCCGUAUGCAUGGCCGUGCCAGGAUGCAGGGGCACAUCGGGAGCUCCUGAGAAGUCCAUGCAGUGACCUGGGAGUCAUCGGGAGCAGUCAGAGUGAUGCGGCAAGCAGGAGACCCCUCAGUCUGGUGAAAUGCAGUAAUGCCAGCCUGCUGAGCAGUGGGUACAUGGGGGACACUGAAAACAGUGAGGUCAGCUUGGUGGGCAGUUGUCAAGUCCUAAAGUUGAGUAGAAGGUCCAACAACAAGGUGGUCAGCAGCAACCAGACUAGCCAUCUGUGUGCCAUCUACUCUCCCACCCAGUUAAAGAGCCGGAAGACCAACCAAGCAGUUAGCAGCAAGCAGACUGGAGGGGAAACGUGA